AUGCCCCUUCGCAGCAUCGUUGUGCAGAAGCCGCUUCUUCAGACGAAGUGCAGCUUGGGCGAAGGUCCGCUAUAUGAUCCAAGCACCUUGACGUUACACUUCAUUGACAUCGAACAGAACAAACAUGACAAGCUCUACCACUACCACGUCUUGUCGGAGGAGCUUUCAGUCGAACAUUUUGAAGAACCGAUAACCUGUCUAGCUCUCAGACGAGGUGGCAAAGGGCUGGCAUGUGCAGCGCGUAAUGGGUUCGCCCUUAUCGAGGACGGCUCGAAACUCAGAUACUUGAGCCAGCCAAUCCCUGAGAGCUUCCAGCCAUACACCCGGUUCAACGACGGCGCCUGUGACCAGCAGGGACGUUUCGUUGCGGGAACGUUGUAUAAUCCGGAGCGUGGCGUACCGGGUCAGCUCUACAUCUACGACCCCGCACGCGGUGUGUGUGAUGUGCUCGAGCCCGGGCCGUUCACGGACAGCAACGGUCUGGGCUGGACCAACGAGGGCAAAACCAUGCUGUUCACCGAUUCGUUCAAGAACAAGAUAUACGCGUAUGAUUAUGAAGACGGGAAGGUCGCGGGCAAGCGCGAUUUUGUCGACGCCCUAUCACAAGGCCUUCCCGAGGGAACAUACCCUGAUGGUCUCUGCAUCGAUAAGGACGGAGGGGUGUGGUCGGCUCGCUGGGGCGGGUCCAGAGUUAUCAGGUACACCAAGGAAGGGCAGAUGGAUCUCGAAGUCUUCUUCCCUACGGCAUUGAACGUAACGGCGUGCGCAUUCGGCGGUCCGAAGAACGACCAGCUUUACGUGACCACGGCGCAUUGUGGGGCGUGCGGUGGCGACGCGAGCCGACAGUCGUCCUUCCCAGACUCUGGCAACGUGUUCGUCGUCGACCUAUCGGGUCAAUUCGCCGGUGGUGAAUGGAGGUUCGAAUUUGCGGGCUAG